GCUGUGUCCGGGGUUGGAGCUGCGUUCCGCUCUGUGCCGCUCCGGGCCGCGCCGCGCCGGGUGGAGGCGGAGGAGGCGGAGGGGCAGCGGGGCAGCGCGGCGUCCCGGAGCUGCGGAACCACGGCGGAGCGAAGCCAGGUGCCUCCCCCCACCCGUUCCCAUGGAGUGAGAGCACACGGGGGUCUCUGCAGCGCCGCAGCCCCCACCCCGCCGGGAGCAAAGCUGGAAGGCACCGCAAAUAUGAGCGACUUCUGGCACAAGCUGGGCUGCUGCGUCGUGGAGAAACCACAGCCUAAGAAGAGGAGGAGACGAAUCGACCGCUCCAUGAUUGGUGAGCCCAUGAACUUCGUGCACCUGACUCACAUCGGCUCCGGAGAUAUGGCUGCGGGCGAAGGGAUGCCCAUGACGGGUGCUGUGCAGGAGAUGAGGUCCAAAGGAGGACGGGAGCGGCAGUGGAGCAGCUCCCGUGUGUUGUAGCAUAUUUCUGGCUCUUUCAGCCCAAACUUGAACUGCCUGAUCCCCACACCGGAGGAAAAGCCAACCUCAAGCGCUUGAUUCCCGUGGUAACUUAUGCAGGCGGAGCUGCGCGGCUGGCUCUGGGUCAUCCCCCACAGAUCCUCCCCCCUUCCCCGGGGCACCGGGCCGGCCAGGAGAGCGCUGUCCCUCCCUAUGGGGCAAGCAGAGCAGCCCAGCCCACAGCGGGAGACGCCGUGCACAGCCCUCAUGUGCCAAAUCCCCCCCCUUCUCCCUUCCCCACACCCCAGCUGGCACCGCUGUCUCCCACGGGCCCCUCUCGGCGCUGCCCCCCAUGCCUCAGUUUCCCUUGGGACCGCAGUAGGGCGGGUUGUGCUGCAGGGGCUGAGCUGGGGAGGCAUCACAGAGCCCCAGAGCCCCAGCAUUGGGCAUCCUGCAGCUCCAGCGCUGCCAGCAAGCCUGCCUUUCCUCCAGCCUUCAGCCGGCAUCGCCACCAGCCAACCUCCGCCUUCCUUCUUUUUUAGGAUUUUUUUUUUUUUGGGGGGGAGGGGGUUGUUCUGUGUUUUGUUUCUUUUUUAAAGCUCUAAAAUCCUCCCAUUUGGCCUCUCCUGUUACCGCUGGGCUUUUACCAGCACCAGCUGCUCCCCCAAGAAGGAGGGACUCUCAGGUUCCGAAUUCAGGUGCACGUGUACAUAGUUUAAAUAGCGCCGGGGCUGAACAGGAACCAGCAGAUGCCGGAGCCAAGCGGGGCAGCAGAGCUUCCCUUCCCUCCCCUGUGCUCCCAGUGAUGCUGGGCUGCUCAGCCCCAACGCUGCACCUGGUGAGUGCAGAUGUUUGAGUCACUUUUUAUCCCCCCUUUGGAAACAAACAAAAACCGACACAACCCCACCUUUGAAAUAAAAUCUUGUGCUAGGC